AUGAAAACCGACCUCAUUGCCAGCAUGAAAACAUUUUUUCAGGGUCAUCCUACCAUCAGGUAUAUUCCUCGCUCGUCUGCUGAGUUCGCUACAGUACGUGAGGUCUGGAACUGCUCGCGCCCCGAUCAACCUCUGGCAAUUGCCCAACCUCAGUCGGCCGAGGAUGUCGCUACCCUGAUCAAGUUUGUGAAGUCAAAUGCGAUUCCAUUUUCCAUACGUUCUGGCGGUCAUAACUUAGAAGGGCGAGCCCUGGUCCAAGAUGCCUUGCUGAUUGACUUGCGGACUUUGGACUCUGUCGCUGUCGCGGAGGAUCUCAAAUCGGCGACAGUAGGUGGUGGAAUCCUUCAAGGCGAGCUGAUUAACCAGCUAUGGGCGAAAGGUGUCGCGACCUCAACUGGAAGCAUCCCUCAUGUUGGCUUCUUUGGCUGGGCCUCAUAUGGUGGCUAUGGUCCAUUCUCUUCAAAGUGGGGUCUUGGAGUUGAUAAUAUCAUCGGCGCUACUGUUGUGGACCCUAAUGGCAAUUUGAUCAAACUGGAAGGCAGCGAUCCUUUACUCAAAGGUAUUCGUGGUGCUGGUGGUGUUUUUGGUGUUAUUGUUGAUCUGACCAUCAAGGUUUACCCAGCCCCUACACUUCUUGCUGGGCCUAUACUCUUUGAUACUAGCGAUAUAACAACAUCGUUUACCAAAAUUAAUACAGCUUACAGCAAUCUUCUUGAUGCAGAAACGAUUCCUUCACAACUUACUCUACAGCGGGUCAGCUUCUAUUCUCCUCGUGGUCUUGCGUUCGCAUUUCUCUUUGCUUGGGCUGGUACAGGCACAGAGGAAGAUUUAGAAGAGGGGCAACGCUGGAGUCAAAAGAUUGCCUCUUUAGGACCCGCAAAAAUAAACAUGGUCAAGCCAACUACUAUCCCUGAAUGGGUAUCUGGCGCUGGCGCCCAUGUUCCCAAGGCUGUCUACGGUUCCGCAUCAACCUACAACCUUUCUCAUAUCACAUCUAAAGUUGCCGAGGCAAUUGGAUCCAACCUAGCCCAUCUGCCAGCAGAUGCCGGCGCAAUGUGCACCAUCCAUCAGGUACGCGGUCCAUCUGCCGCACCACAGGAACCCGGCAGUGAUUCCAUAUUCGGACCACGACAACCUCAUUUCAUGAUCGAGAUUCUGGGGUAUUCAGUUGGGUCAGAUAAGCAGGCUGAUUCCGAGAGCUGGGCAGACAAGUUUUCAGCCGAUGUCGAGAAGGCUGCCUCCAGCUCUGGGGCUUUGUUGCCUACCUCGUACAUCUCUCUUUAUACUUCGACUCGAUCUAGCUCGAGCGCCGAGUGGGUCAAGAAAGUGUAUGGGGACUCCGCUACAUCAUUGUACGAUUUGAAGGCGUCCUUUGACCCCGACAAUCUGUUCAAGCACACAGUGCCAUCUUUGGAAUAA